AUGUCAGAAGACGCUAUUCUAACAUCGUUCUUCCUAUUCGUCUGCUACGGAAAUCAAGAGAAAUACAAAAAAGCCUGGUUCUAUCUGAAUCAAAGCGUAUCAAUGGCCAUCUUGCUCGAAAUGGACACCGAGACAGCGGAAUCGCUGGCCGGCUUGACCGACAAGGACAUUGAUAGACGUAGGCGAAUUUUCUGGCUACUAUUCAUAUCGGAAAGAACAUACGCGCUGCAGCGUCGACUGCCGGUCUUGCUAAGACGAACUGUACCGAAACCACAAAUAUUCGACUCUGACUGUCCCAUCAUCAUGAACGACUUUGUCAACCAUGUCCAUUUAUUCGAGUCUCUGCCUCCAGAAUUAUACGAGUGGCAAACAACGUCAUCAAAUUUAACGACUAUCUCAUACCUUGGGCAAAGAGUCAUCCAGGCGCUGAGCGCUGUGCAGCCACAAAACUCAGUGCUUGAAAGUCAGCAGUUCGACACGCUCAUAACGCAACAUUGGCUUCGACUCAAUGGUACUACCAGAGUUGAGUUUGCCAUUCGAUGCUGGCAGUUCCAUCAUGUCGUCGCUCACAACAGUAAGCACGGCCUCGAAAAACAGGCAUGGGAUAUCUCUGGAACAAAAACUGUUCGAUAUCGGAACAAGCCUCGUCGAACAAAGUCAGUAAUUACCGGAAGUUUGUGA